GCUCCGAGCGCCGCGGCGGCUGAGGACGCUCGCUUGAAGCGCCCGGCUUUCCCGCGCUGCGCCGCCUCCUGCUGUGCGCCGCUUCCUCUUCCUCAGACGGUCUUCGGCCCGCCGCUGGCUCCGUUAUGGCGACCCUGAGUCCCAGUGUCGUGAUUAGUGACGAUGAACCAGGUUAUGACCUAGAUUUAUUUUGUAUACCUAAUCAUUAUGCUGAGGAUUUGGAAAAGGUGUUUAUUCCUCAUGGAGUAAUUAUGGACAGGACUGAACGGCUUGCUCGAGAUGUGAUGAAGGAGAUGGGAGGCCAUCACAUUGUAGCACUCUGUGUGCUCAAGGGGGGCUAUAAAUUCUUUGCUGACCUGCUGGAUUAUAUCAAAGUGUUGAACAGAAAUAGUGAUAGAUCCAUUCCUAUGACUGUAGAUUUUAUCAGACUGAAGAGCUACUGUAAUGACCAGUCAACAGGGGACAUAAAAGUGAUUGGUGGAGAUGACCUCUCAACUUUAACUGGAAAGAAUGUCUUGAUUGUUGAAGAUAUAAUUGACACUGGCAAAACAAUGCAAACCUUGCUUUCCUUGGUCAAGGAGUAUAAUCCAAAGAUGGUCAAGGUCGCAAGCUUGCUGGUGAAAAGGACCCCUCGAAGUGUUGGAUAUAGACCAGACUUUGUUGGAUUUGAAAUUCCAGACAAGUUUGUCGUAGGAUAUGCCCUUGACUAUAAUGAAUACUUCAGGGAUUUGAAUCACGUUUGUGUCAUUAGUGAAACUGGAAAAGAAAAAUACAAAGCCUACGAUGAGAAUUCAGGUUGAGUUGAGAAACAUCUGGAGUCUCAUUGAAAUCACCAGUGAAAUUAUCAAAUGUUCUAGUUCUGUGGCCAGCUGCUUAGUAGAGCUUAUUGCAUGUAUCUUCUAAGAAUUUUAUCUGUUUUGUAUUUUAGAAAUGUUAGUUGCUGCAUUCCUGAACUCUUUAUUUGCACUAUGAGCCUAUAGACUAUCAGUUCACUUUGGGUGAAUUGUUGUUUGACUUGUGAAUGAAAAAUCUCUUAAACCACACCACUAUUGAAUGAAAAUAUUGAAAUUGUAUCUGUAAGAAACAUUUAAAGAGAAGAUAUAUUAGUUUUUUAAUUGGUAUUUUAAUUUUUAUAUAUUCAGGAAAGAACAGAAGUGAUUAAGUAUUGUUUAUUAUACCACUGUGUGUUAAGUAAGAAGCGGUCAGUUUUCAUAUCAGUGACAGCAUCUAAGAGGUAUUGUUAUGUUGGAUAAACCACAUAUCCUGGAAUUAUUUUAGUAGUGUUUUGGUAGUAUUAACUGUAUUUUCCCACUUGUUCAGAUAAUUUCUGGUGAAUCUUUGUCAACAGUUCCUUUUAAAUACAAAUCAAUAAAUUCCAAAAACCUUCACCACUUUUUGAAUUCUUCAAUGUAAGAAUCCUUAAAAUAAAGGCUGUCUCUUUAAAAGAAA